AUGCGCCGCUUCCUGAAGCCGGCUCGGGAAGAGGCGCUCUCGCGGUCCAGGGCAGAGCCCCGCGUCGCAUGCAGUACCCGCAAUACAUGCGCUGUGCACAACCCCGACGUGUUUCUCUCCUUUACGCACCCCCAGAGAGCGACCAACGUGAUCUACCAAGCCCACCACGUCAGCCGGAGCAAGAGGGGCCAAGUGGUCGGCACGAGGGGCGGCUUCCGCGGCUGCACCGUCUGGCUCACAGGCCUCUCCGGCGCGGGCAAGACAACCAUCGGCUUCGCGCUCGAGGAGUACCUGGUCUCGCACGGCAUCCCCUGCUACUCCCUGGACGGCGACAACGUCCGGCACGGCCUCAACAAGAACCUGGGCUUCUCGGCCGGCGACCGCGAGGAGAACAUCCGCCGCAUCGCCGAGGUGGCCAGGCUCUUCGCCGACGCCGGCCUCGUCUGCAUAACGAGCUUCAUUUCCCCCUUCGCCAAGGAUCGUCAAAACGCUCGGAAAAUUCACGAAGCGGCUGGGCUCCCUUUCUUUGAGAUCUUCGUGGAUGCUCCCCUAAAUAUCUGCGAGAGCAGAGAUGUGAAGGGCCUGUACAAAAAGGCGAGAGCUGGCGAGAUCAAAGGAUUCACGGGGAUUGACUCGGAGUAUGAGAAGCCCGAAUCUCCUGAGCUGGUGUUGAAAACGAACGUGUCGUCGGUGUCCGAGUGCAUUCAGCAGCUCGUGGAGCUGCUACAGACACAGAACAUUGUCCCCCAGUCGUUGAUUAAGGAUGUUCUCGAGCUGUUUGUGCCUGAAAAUAAACUGGAUUUUGUGCGAGCUGAAGCCGACGCGCUGCCCGCCGUGGAGAUCACGAAGCUGGAUCUGCAGUGGGUGCAAGUGCUGAGCGAAGGCUGGGCCACGCCGCUGAGGGGCUUCAUGCGCGAGGCCGAGUACCUGCAAGUGAUCCACUUCGGCACCCUGCUCGACGGAAAGAAUUCCUCCCUAGCGGACGGCAUCAUCAACCUGAGCAUCCCCAUCGUGCUGCCCAUCUCCACGGAGGACAAGCAGCGCCUGGAGGGCUGCAGCAAGUUCGCGCUCGCCUACAAAGGGCGGAAGGUGGCGAUCCUGAAGAGCCCCGAGUACUUYGAGCACCGCAAGGAGGAGCGCUGCGCCCGCAUCUGGGGCACCACCUGCGCCAAGCACCCGCACGUCAAGAUGGUGAUGGAGAGCGGGGACUGGCUCGUCGGCGGCGAUCUCCUCGUGCUGGAGAGGAUCAAGUGGAACGACGGGCUGGACCAGUACCGCCUGACGCCGCUGAGCCUCAAGCAGAAGUUCAGAGAGAUGAACGCUGAUGCCGUCUUUGCGUUCCAGCUGCGCAACCCCGUGCACAACGGGCACGCGCUGCUCAUGCAGGACACGCGCCGGCGCCUGCUGGAGAGGGGCUACAAAAACCCCGUGCUGCUCCUGCACCCGCUGGGCGGCUGGACCAAGGACGACGACGUGCCGCUCGAGUGGCGGAUGAAGCAGCACGCGGCCGUGCUGCAGGAGCACGUGCUGGACCCCAAGUCCACCGUCGUUGCCAUCUUCCCCUCUCCCAUGCUCUACGCCGGCCCCACAGAGGUGCAGUGGCACUGCCGGGCCCGCAUGAUCGCCGGCGCCAACUUCUACAUCGUGGGCCGCGACCCAGCGGGCAUGCCGCACCCCGAGACCAAGAAGGACCUCUACGAGCCCACGCAGGGCGGCAAGGUGCUCAGCAUGGCCCCGGGCCUCACCUCCGUGGAGAUCAUCCCCUUCCGCGUCGCCGCCUACAACAAAGUGAAGAAGGCCAUGGACUUCUACGACCCGCAGAGGCACAACGAGUUUGACUUCAUCUCCGGCACCCGCAUGAGAAAACUUGCUCGGGAAGGUGAAGAUCCACCGGACGGCUUCAUGGCCCCCAAAGCUUGGAAAGUCCUGACCGAGUACUACCAGUCGCUGGAGAAAAAGAAUUAGGGCCACUUCUCCCUAGAAACGUGUAUGUUAAGAGUGAGCAGUGAUUGAUUGAUUUCCUGUGAUAACAGAUCAGUUUACUCGGCAUUUUCCAUAGUCUGACUCUAGGAUUUUUUCCGAACAAGGUCAGAGUUUUUAUUUUUAUUUUUUAACUAAUCAGAAGUAGUUUGAGGCUGAUGCUUCUCCCCUUGAACUCGCYGAGAGCUUCCCUGCGAAGAGGAGCAGCCCUUCGUUCCCAACGCGUUGCGGCUCCGGAGGGCGGUCGCCCCGCACGGGAUUCGGAUCGGAUCAUUCUGUGCUGCUGCGGCCACGCUCCCGUCCCUGAUGCAGAGGSGACCCUGCAAUAAUUAAUAGCAUUUAAAAGCACAUUUGCCCCCUUUAUGAAACAGAAAUAAGUGACUUGUCUUUUCCCCCCCUGACCAGCGUGGCCCUGCUGCUGGUCAGAACAGGGAGGCCUCCCAAAAAACAGGGAGUUUCUUUGCUAAUCAACAGCAGGAUUUUUCUCCUGUCCUCUUUUAAUGGGAUUUUUUUUAACGGCGGUGUACUAGGAGGCAGCUUCAAGGCCAGGAAGCCUGCGAGAGAACUCCAAGGGCCCGUCCGCAAGGAGGAGCGGCYGCGGCGGUCACGUGGCUCCGUGAAGAGCUGGCCCUGGGGCCGACGGAAGGUUCCUGCGGGUCGAUGCGAAGCUGCUUUCCCUGGGCGCCUGGGCUCGGCCGUGCCGCCGGCUGCUCCCGCUCCUCCGCCGCAGCCGCCGUCACCUGCUCUCGUCCCGCCGCGKCGCCGCCGCGGCUCCGCCGUGGUGCUCGGCUGCGACAGGCCGGCCGGGAGGGAAGGAAACAACUACGCACUUGUUCGUUACUGCAACGACAAAUUCACGGCAUUUACACUUAGUUCCUUAGCCCCAGAACCAGUCAGAAUGUGUUUUAAAUGAACUGGAGAYAGCCCUCUCCUCUCCGAGUUUCCCUUCUAAUUGCA